GGCCGUCACCCAGGCAGCGUCACUCAAGGAAAAAUGGCAGCGCGUGUCAGCUGUGUUGUCAAGCGACUUUCCUCUCAGGACGGUGGUUGGCUCCUGCCCGCCGCCCGGUUGCAUACCAAAGGAUGGCGUCACCACCAUGACAAUGCAGGGUCCUCGCUGCCCUACGUACCCCGCAGAGCCGUGCUCUACUGCCCCGGCGAUGACGAGCGCAAACUGAGGAAGCUGGCCACCCUGGACGUGGACUGUGCCGUCUUGGACUGUGAGGAUGGCGUCGCCCUCAGCAAAAAGACAGAGGCCAGGGAAACCAUUCCCAGGAUGCUGGCGGAACUGAACUUAGGCCGUACGGAAAAGUGUGUGAGGGUGAACUCCGUGUCCAGUGGCUUAGCCGAAGCUGACCUGGAGGUUAUUCUCGGAGCUGAGGUUCUUCCACCUGCCGUCAUGUUGCCUAAAGUGGAGAACACUCAAGAGAUUCAAUGGUUCGUUGACAGGUUUCAGCGCAGCUUGAAAGGACGGCCGCUGACGGAGCCCGUUCGCCUGGUGACCUUUGUGGAAACUGCUGUGGGCCUGCUCAACUUUAAGGACGUUUGCGAGGAAAUCCGCCAACUCGCACCCAAGGCCGACCUCCAUCACGACGGCGUGGUGUUCGGCUCCGACGACUUCUGCGCCAGCAUAGGCGCCACACGGACCCCGGACGCCAAGGAGCUGCUCUACGCCAGGCAGAAAGUGGUCACCACCGCCAAGGCGUUCGGGCUGCAGGCUAUCGACCUGGUGCACAUCGACUACAAGGACGUGCAGGGGCUGAGACGGCAGGCCCGAGAAGGGGCCCUCAUGGGCUUCACAGGUAAGCAGGUCAUCCACCCGGGCCAGGUCCAGGCUGUGCAGGAGGAGUUCUCGCCCAGUCGACAGAGAGUCCAGUGGGCCACAGAGCUCAUUGCUGCGUUCCAGCAGCACCAGAAGGACGGAAAGGGUGCGUUCACGUUCCAUGGAAGCAUGAUUGACAUGCCCUCGCUGAAGCAAGCGCAGAACAUCGUCACGCUCUCCGCCGCCAUGCCUCAGAAAUAAGGAGGAAGUCAGCGGGGCCGGGCGGGGGGGGGGGCGGGCGGGCGGUCUCCCCUUCCCAAACCAGGACUUACGCCAAGAGGACAGUGUUGUUUCAAUCCAAGAUUUUGAAAAAAAAGAAGGUAUGAAAGUGGACUUUGUGGACAGAAUCUAUCAUUCGAGAAUUGCGGCGCCCGGGUUCUGGUGGGCGUGCGGACCCUCGUGCGGUUAUAUCGUACCCACGGGGUCAGCAUGAAAGCAUCUUGAUGGUGCCGGAAAGGGUAAACAAACACAAUUCUGAUUUGCAGGGGAUCCAUUCAUCAAUAGCCCCCAGUGGGUCCCCCCCAACCCCUUCCUCCCUUGCUCGGGGGACAGCUCACAAACACGGAACCGCGUGAACUCGCCAUUUAGCUUCUUUGUGUCGGUCCCUCUAGCAAAAGUCACCGCGCUCCUCGCUCGGCAAGCCCGCGGGUCUAAGUGUGGACAAAUAUAAUAAAAGCUGCCUGAUCUCUCA